AUGAAACCACUGAUCAAUAAUAAUUCCGACAUGAUACCCACCCACACGACCAGCCUGCCGAAACUCCUUCAACUGCCCCUCGAACUCCGUCAGCAGAUCUACUCCCACCUCUGCCCUGCAUCCCCAAUCUCCAACCCCAUCCCCACCGUCGGAAUAACCAGUGUAUCUCACGCCCCUCCACCCGUCUCUUUUCUCUUGACCAGUCGCGCCGUCUACUCUGACCUUCUCCCCUACUUCUUCUCCAUUGCAACAUGGAAACUUAUCGCCUCCCAUGCCUUCAACUUCUACCGUAUCGACCCCACCCUCUCCAACUUUGCCGCCUCUUUCCUCCUGCACAAGAUACAGAAAGUAGAGUUGGUGCUUUGGUUCGACGGUAGUCUCUUGAAGUCGUAUCCCUCGCUUAAAACGCAAACGUACUGCAUGGAGAUCAGGAAAAGGGCAACGAGGACGUGUGAGAUCCUAGCGGCGGCACCAGAGUUGCGCACCCUCACUGUGAGUUGGAUCGACUCGACCGUCGAGGAAGCCAUGGAGGAGAAGAGGGACGUUCUGGAUGCACUGCGGAGAUUGGAUGUGAAUGUUAUGAUUGAAGUGGGCGUGCUCGAGUGGAGUGGUGCCCAGGCUGGACACGACAAAGAGAGGUUCGAGGGCAAGAUGAAGGGAUUCAUUCGUGAUGCUCGUCCGGUCGCUGCUUUGUGA